UGAGAAAAUGGAAAUGCCACUACAUUUCUUAGCACUGACUCCAUAGGGCAGAGGGCAGAGGCUACAUCGCACGCUGAAGUCUGAGCAGCAGUACUCAAGCAGGUCACGACUUCACCGAUGUCAGCAUGGCCGGUGUCCGGCGUGCAUCCAUACUUGGAGUCUGGCGUCUGCGUGUCCCUGAUCCGUCCACCGCUGUCUCCGUAGCCGGCUUGUCGGCGACCUCUGCUCCAGCGCACCUGCUCCACGUCAACCCCAAGGAGCCGUGAGACUACCGCCCGUCUACACUAUAAGCCGGUGUCGUCCGGUGAUCCCAAGAGAUCAUCGAGCUGCUCAAGACCAAGACGACGACAUCACCCCGCACCAGCAGGAAGCUCAGCCAUCUCAUCGCCAGCGGCCGUGCAUGGCGUCCACCAACACCGCCCCAUCCGGCGUGGACUCUGCCGACGAGGUCCUCCACGAAUUCGGCAUCGUCCGGAUCUACAAGAGCGGCCGCGUCGAGCGGCCCCUCGUGGCCCUGCCCGUUACGCCGGGCCUCGACGACGCCACCGGCAUCAAGUCCAGGGACGUCCAUCUCGGCGCCUACUCCGUCCGCCUCUACCUGCCUCCGGCCGCGGUCACCGCCCCCAGCGCCAGGCUCCCGGUCGUCGUGUACGUCCACGGCGGCGGCUUCGUGGCGGAGUCCGCCGCGUCCCCGGGCUGCCACCGCUUCCUGAACAGGCUCACGGCCGCCUGCCCAGCCCUCGGCGUCUCUGUCGAGUACCGCCUCGCGCCAGAGCACCCGCUCCCGGCGGCCUACGACGACUCCCUCGCCGCGCUCAAGUGGACGCUCGCCGCGGCCGACCCGUGGGUCGCCGCGCACGGCGACCUCGACCGCGUCUUCUUGGCCGGGGACAGCGCCGGCGCUAACAUCUGCCACUACCUGGCCGUCCACCCCGACGUCGUCGACGCCCAGACACAACAUCAGGGCCAGGGCGGCAGCGCGCGGGCGCGGCGGAGGCUCAAGGGCGCCGUCCUGAUCCACCCCUGGUUCUGGGGGUCGGAGGCCGUGGGCGGGGAGCCACGGCACCCCGCGGCGCGCGCCAUGGGGGCGCGGCUCUGGCUGUUCGCGUGCCCCGACGCGGACGGCAUGGACGACCCGCGGAUGAACCCGAUGGCGCCCGGCGCGCCGGGGCUGGGCACGAUGGCGUGCGAGCGGGUCAUGGUGUGCGCCGCGGAGCACGACUUCCUGAGGUGGCGCGGCCGAGCGUACGCGGAGGCGGUGGCCGCGGCGAGGGGCGUGGAGGGGGAGGGAUCGGUGGAGCUGCUGGAGACGGAGGGCGAGGGGCAUGUGUUCUAUGUCUUCAAACCCGACGGCGGCAAGGCCAAGGCCAUGCUCGACAGGAUCGUCUCCUUCGUCAAUGCUCCGUGAUGCGCUAGCUAUUGUUCCUUGUGUUGGGUUCAUAGCUUUUGUCCUUGUGCUUCGGCGCCUUUGUAGGAUACUCCUAUAUGUGAAGUGUAGUAACAAAGAUGGUGAAUUGGGGAUAAAUAAAUGUACGGAUGAUCCUCA